CUUUCCGUACCAGUGCCGAAAGCAGCCAUCUUGGAUUCGCUUCCUGGUGUCCUUCGACUUCAGUCCAAAUCUGUGGAGAAAAUAUCAUGGCUGAUUACGAUGCACCCAUCUCUGAUGACGAAAAGGUACGAAUAGCUUCCAAUUUCAUAAAACACGCCCCACCAGGAGAAUUCAACGAAGUGUUCACCGAUGCUCGCCUGCUUCUAAACAACGACAGUUUAUUGAAAGAAAAAGGUGCAAGUGCAUUUUCUGAUUAUAAUAAGGAGCAGUUUACCCCUGCUAGGCUGGGCUCUUCUGAUGAACAGGUUCUCAUCACAAGACAUGGAGAGCUUCCAGAUGGCCGCUUUGUUGAUCCCAGAUCCAAACAGGUGUUUACAUAUGAUCACCUUAGAAAGGAAGCCAAAGACUUAGAGCCAAGUGACAUAGAUACUACAGCUGAGCCCUGGAGAGCUUCUAUUGAUGAGUCCUUUAGAGUAUAUGUUAAAGAUCACUAUCCUCAUGGAGUUUGCACUGUGUAUGGCAAGAGUUCUGGUGGAUCAAUCACCAUUGUUGCUUGUAUAGAAGACCAUCUCUUUCAACCACAUAAUUUCUGGAAUGGAAGGUGGCGUUCAGAGUGGUCUAUGACAUUCAAUAAGAAUGGAGGAGAAACUGUAGAGUUGAAAGGCAUCUUGAAGCUUCAGGUCCACUACUAUGAAGAUGGCAAUGUACAGUUAGUUUCCUCUAAAGAAUUAGAGGAAGAGAUAAAAAUCACGAGAGAAACAGCAACGGCUAACCUUUUCGUGGAGAUUGUGGAAAAAGCCGAAAGUGAUUACCAGAAAGCAAUUUCUGAAAACUACAGCACAAUGUCUGACACGACUUUCAAAGCCUUGAGAAGACAAUUACCUAUCACUCGCACCAAGAUAGACUGGAACAAGAUCCUCAAUUAUAAGAUUGGUCAAGAGCUCAAGAGUUCAUAGACUAUCCAUGUUUUAUGCCAUUUCCAUAAGUUUUUUUAUACACUGCUAGCCAGAGUUCUACUUGUAAAUCAAAGAGUUAGAGAGGGAGAGAAAACAUGUUUUAGUUAAUCGUAAACAUUUAUUGUUUCUUCGCAUAUACUUGAACGACUAAAAAUAAUAGAAUCAUACUUUAUUAAUAGCGCUAGUAGAAAAAAGGUAGGUAUUUAAUUGAUUUAUAUUUGUUUGAAUUAUCUUACAUCCAAGACCUGAUUAAUUGAACAAAACUAAUAAUUAUUUUGAUUUAUUUGUAAUAAUUAUUUUGUUGUAGAAGAAAAAAUCAUGAUUGAUACCUAACCUAAAUGAUUCCUCAAACCAUAUAAUUAUUAUAAUUUAUUUAUAAUAAUUAUUUUGGUAUGGAGAUAGAAUUAUGAUUGAUACUAUCCUACAUAGUUGAUCAAACACAAUAAUCAUUAUAAUUUAAUUAUGAUAAUUAUCUCACCAUGGAAAAAAAAUUUAUGAACUUGAUAAUUAUUAUAAUUCAUUUAUGAUAAUUAUUUUAGAGUGGAGAAAAAUUCAUUGUUGUUUUCUGUGAACUACAAGGAGUAAUUGGGAUGCUUUUUGAAUAGUUAGAGUUAUAAGAAUUAUUGAUGGAGGUUCAUUAACCAAUGCAAACCAGAAAGCCAUGCAUGUUAUAUGGUUUAAAUAUUACUUUAAGAUUGCAUUACAUUGUACAUCUCUUAAUCACAUCCUUUUUGUAAUCACUACCAAAUCCUGCAAUCUGAUUGGUUCAAAGGAGUGUGAUUAAUUCCCAAAUCGCAUCCUUAGAAGCUCUUAAUUGCAUUCUAAAAAAAUUUUUUUUAAACA